AUGGAAGAGUAUCAGAAUCAGAUGUUGUUUGGAAAUAAUAAUGAAGCUGGAGUGAAAGUGAUGACUGAUGAUCAGUUGGAAAUGCUUAGAAAACAGAUAUCCAUUUAUUCUUCUCUCUGUGAAAGCCUUGUUCAGACCCACACCGCCUUUUCUGGCCAACAUCAUCUCUCUGGAAUGAGAAUGCCAAGUUCAUACAAUGGUCCGUUUUGGCCGUAUACUGUGAACAGAAUCCCGUCUAGGCAGCGAUGGGCUCCGAAACAAGAACAGCUUGGGAAACUAGAGAGCAUGUUUAAUGAAUCGAGUGUAACUCCAGAUAGGGAGAAGGUGAAAGAGAUAGCUGCUCAACUUUUAGUGCAUGGCCCAAUUUCUGAAGCAAAUGUGUGUAAUUGGUUUCAGAACAGAAGGGCUCGUUCUAAAAGAAAAAAGUCACGUUUAGCACCACCGGAAAUUAGAGAAUCCGAAGAAAAGAAGACAGAAGAAGUUGAUGAAAUCCAACCUGAUGAGAAUUUAGAGUUCAUGGUUAAUCAAAUGUACAGCCAGAGUCCUGAAAUACAAGGGAUUGAUUAUCUGAUGGGCAAAGAAGAAAUUCCAGUAAGCUAUAAUCCUUACCGUCAAUUGGAGCAUGACUUACUUGGAUGAUGAUGGAAGAUUAAAUAAAAACAGUAAUUAGAUUUAGUUAGGUUUUUUUAGCCCUUUAAA